AUGUUGGAGAACACUGUCGGUGUUCCGCAGAUGUUGGAGAACACCGUCAGUGUUCCACAGAUGUUGGAGAACACCGUCAGUGUUCCGCAGAUGUUGGAGAACACCGUCAGUGUUCCACAGAUGUUGGAGAACACCGUCAGUGUUCCACAGAUGUUGGAGAACACCGUCAGUGUUCCACAGAUGUUGGAGAACACCGUCAGUGUUCCACAGAUGUUGGAGAACACCGUCAGUGUUCCACAGGUGUUGGAGAACACCGUCAGUGUUCCACAGAUGUUGGAGAACACCGUCAGUGUUCCACAGGUGCUGGAGAACACCGUCAGAGUUCCACAGAUGUUGAUGACGGACCUUGCUAGUAUCCCGUAG